ACGUGAUCUCGGGCGGGCUAAGGACCUGCUGCUUCCCAAACGCCAGAGGGAUGCGGGCGGCAGAGCGCGAGAGGCGGCUGCGGGGCUGUGGGGCGCUUUGACUCUCCUUCCACGCAGCCUCCUUGGACUCCUCUCCUCCGCCCUCCGGACUCCGGUCUCCUCGUGGUCCCCUGGCUUCCCAGAUCCCCCUCCUUAUGGCAGCAGCCCCCCGAGUCUCAGGCGCAGCUUCUCGGCGGACGACCCUCUCGCUCCCGGGGCUGGGCCGGGUCACUGGAUGUUGCUGAAACUCCGGAGACCAUGCGCGGGUUUGGCUGCUGCUUCCCCGUCGGGUGCCACUGCCGCCGCCGCCGCCUCUGCUGCCGCCGUCCGCGGGAUGCCCAGUAGCCCGCUGCCCGGCCCCCGCGAUCGCGUGUUCUUCGGAAGCCGUUUGCUACUGCAGAGUUGCGCGAACUAGUCAUGGUGCUGUGGGAGUCCCCGCGGCAGUGCAGCAGCUGGACACUCUGCGAGGGCUUCUGCUGGCUGCUGCUGCUGCCGGUGAUGCUACUCAUCGUAGCCCGCCCGGUGAAGCUCGCGGCUUUCCCUACCUCCUUAAGUGACUGCCAAACGCCCACCGGUUGGAACUGCUCUGGUUAUGAUGACAGAGAAAACGAUCUCUUCCUCUGUGACACCAACACCUGUAAAUUUGAUGGGGAAUGUUUAAGAAUUGGAGACACUGUGACUUGCGUCUGUCAGUUCAAGUGCAACAGUGACUAUGUGCCUGUGUGUGGCUCCAAUGGGGAGAGUUACCAGAAUGAGUGCUACCUGCGACAGGCUGCAUGCAAACAGCAGAGUGAGAUACUUGUGGUGUCUGAAGGAUCAUGUGCCACAGAUGCAGGAUCAGGAUCUGGAGAUGGAGUUCAUGAAGGCUCAGGAGAAACCAGUCAAAAGGAGACUUCCACCUGUGAUAUCUGCCAGUUUGGUGCAGAAUGCGAUGAAGACGCUGAGGAUGUCUGGUGUGUGUGCAACAUCGACUGCUCUCAAACCAACUUCAAUCCCCUCUGUGCUUCUGAUGGGAAAUCUUAUGAUAAUGCAUGUCAAAUCAAAGAAGCAUCAUGUCAGAAACAGGAGAAAAUUGAAGUCAUGUCGUUGGGUCGAUGUCAAGAUAACACAACUACAACUACUAAAUCUGAAGAUGGGCAUUAUGCAAGAACAGAUUAUGCAGAUUUGACGGGAACUGGAUUAACAGAAGAGUCAGAAGGCCCAAGUAAAGAUAAAGAAUAUGAGAAUGCUAACAAGUUAGAAGAAAGUGCAAGAGAGCACCACAUACCUUGCCCAGAACAUUACAAUGGUUUCUGCAUGCAUGGAAAGUGUGAACAUUCUAUCAAUAUGCAGGAGCCAUCUUGCAGGUGCGAUGCUGGUUAUACUGGUCAACACUGUGAAAAAAAGGACUACAGUGUACUGUAUGUUGUCCCCGGCCCUGUACGAUUUCAGUAUGUCUUAAUCGCCGCUGUGAUUGGAACCAUUCAGAUUGCUGUCAUCUGCGUGGUGGUCCUCUGCAUCACCAGGACAUUUAAAAUACAAAAUUGUUGAAGACCUUUAAAGUGAGAGGAGAUGAGCUCACAACUUGCUUGAUCGCAUUGUGCUGAGUCAUUCUUCUGCCUUACUGGGUGAGCAGCGCAAGACUAGGUAACCGCGUUCCUCCCCGACUUCUGCCUCUGUUCCUCAGUUCUCCUCAACAAAUGCUUAAACGCAGUGGCAAGGAGAAGCAAACAGGAAAAAUCUUCCAACAUAAUCCCAGCUUCUGCUGCUAAUAAAUUCUUUGGUCUGAAAUAUUUCGACAGUUUGCUUAAUCCGUGACUUCACUCUGUAAUUGUAGGACCAAAUUUUA